UCCCCUUGUUAAUCAUAACCCCGACGAAACACGCUUCGCGGGUAGCGGAUCCACUUCUCUUCGUCGACAAACAAGCAUUCCACACUCCGUCGGACGCCGUCCACCGUUUGCAGCCCUGCGUGGUUGUUCUCGGUCCGGUUGGUAUUACAGGAUGGAUGAUUGUCAAUAUAAGGCUUCUCUAUAUUCAGGCUUGCGUGCAUGUGUCUUUGUAGAUUUCGUUCUUACCUGGGGCAAAUGCGUGCAGGGGGAAUUUUGAUCGGCAUUUCUAUACAUUUAAGCCAGGUUUUAGUAUAUAAAGAAGCAUUCGAUGGCCAAAAAGCCUGGACCAAGACCCAGUAAAUUAUCAGUGUACCUUUAUGUUCCUAAUAUCAUUGGAUACAUCAGGGUUCUUGUGAACUGUGCUGCCUUCUACAUAUGCUUCAGAAACAGAAUGCUUUUCUGUAUACUUUACUUUUUUAGCUUUGUCUGCGAUGCUGUGGAUGGUUGGUGUGCUCGCAAAUUUAACCAGGUGUCAACCUUUGGAGCUGUUCUGGACAUGAUAACAGACAGAAUUAGUACGGCUUGUCUACUUGUAAUUCUUUCCCAAGUAUACAAGCCUGGUCUGAUCUUCUUGUCACUGCUUGCGUUAGACAUUGCGAGCCACUGGCUUCAAAUGUACAGCACUUUCUUGCGGGGCAAGGAUAGUCAUAAAGAUGUAAAAGACAGCACUAGCUGGCUUUUUAGGGCAUAUUAUGGGAAUAAGAUUUUUAUGGCCUACUGUUGUGUCUCGUGUGAGGUCCUUUACUUAAUCCUAUUUCUUCUGCCAGAGAAUCAAACGGACAAAUUGGUGGAUGUGUUAGCGAGUAGUUUGCAAAAGAUAUCAAUAGUUUCUUUCCUGGUUGGUACAAGUUUAUUUGGAUGGGCGAUCAAGCAAGUUGUAAAUAUUAUUCAGAUGAAGACAGCAGCAGACGUGUGUGUGCUUCAUGACAUUGAGAUAAAAGAAAAGCGCUAAUGCUUCUUCCAUGACUAUGAAUCAAUAGAACCGAGGUCCCCCACCUCUUUUUGUCAUUUCAAUUUUCCCUUUUCUGAGUGCCACAAUAGUUCGAAUUUAUUUGUCCGGGCUUUGAUGCGGGAAUUAUUCGAUAUCUGGCAUUUUCUAUGAAGAUAUUUGUUUUAUGCCAUGUCUUGGCCGCCCCUAUUAAGCCUAGAAGCUCCUCUGCACCUUCUAAGGCGAAGGGAUUUCAAAGUAACUGGAACUGGUUUAGUUUCAACCAUUUGUAACGAGAGAAACAACAUUGUUAAAUUGGUGUACUCUGCUUUAUAUGUGCUUGUAAAUUCUUCGGAGAACUAGGCUGUGUUCGGGUAAGUUGUGAUGGCUAUGCACGUCACGACUAGUUUGAUUAGACUGAACUAAGUACUAACAAAUUAGUCUUCGAGUUUGCACGUCUAUUUAGAUGUAAUUUAUGAACCUUUGGAGUGCACGAUCAGAGUUAAUUUGGUGGAAAUCUGCCUUUCUGAGAA